ACCCGCGCGUGGAGUCAAUCGCGGGUUCCUCGCGUCGCUCAGCCGCCUAAGAGAAUCUUCAUUUUCCCCUUCGCGUUUAAAUCUUUCACAAAUCGGUAGAUCCCCCUAUCGAUUGUUAGGCUGAUCCUAGGGUUUUCCUUGAUUCCCGUAGAUAUUUCCGUAUCAACAGCUUCUCUGGGAAUUUUCGGAUUCGAGAUUUUCGUUUUCUGGAUUUCCUCGGGAUAAUUUCGACAGGGUCUUUAUUGGAUGGUGGAGUUGAUGAAAUCGGCGGGGAAUCUGAGACCAGAGCCUGAAACGGUGUCCAAGUGCCGGAACGAGUUUCCGGUGAAGCUGGAGAUCGCCGAGGAUUUUCUGGAAGAAGAACACGGUGUCCCCAACAAGCGUCCCAAGGUUUCUCCUUCUCUUCAUCAGGAGUCAUGUAGCAAAAGCAUUGGCACAAGCGCGUUUCCUGUGCAACCGGCACAAUAUAAUCCGCUGGAUGAGCCAAGUCCCCUGGGACUGAGCUUGAGAAAGAGUCCAUCUCUCGCGGAUUUGAUUCAAAUGAGGCUAGCUCAAGGUAGUGGCCCAAAUUCUGUACCUAUCGACUCUAAGAAAGACAGUAAACUUGCUGCUGCUCCUGGGACGGGUCCUUCACCAGGAGCUGCAGAAAAGCUAAAAGCUUCCAACUUUCCGGCUUCACUUUUAAGGAUUGGGCAGUGGGAGUAUAAAUCUCGAUAUGAAGGUGAUUUGGUGGCGAAGUGUUACUUUGCGAAACACAAACUCGUUUGGGAAGUGUUAGAACAUGGUCUUAAGAGCAAAAUCGAAAUCCAGUGGUCGGAUAUUAUGGCUUUGAAGGCGAACUGCCCGGAUGAUGAACCCGGAACACUGACUCUUGUGCUGGCAAGGCAGCCCCUCUUUUUCAGGGAAACGAACCCGCAGCCUAGAAAGCAUACUUUGUGGCAGGCAACCUCAGAUUUUACUGAUGGCCAAGCCAGCACUCAUAGACAACAUUUUCUGCAAUGUCCCCAAGGGUUGCUGAACAAACAUUUCGAGAAGCUUAUUCAAUGCGAUCAUCGGCUGUUCCAUCUUAGCCGACAACCGGAGAUAAUUGUGGAUUCCCCCUACUUUGAGGCACGCCAAUCUAUUUUUGAGGAUCCAGCUGAAACAAAAGGUCAUAUUUUUGGGCAAUUAGAACUCGGCAAGGGACCUUCGAUCUCUGGUUCUCAGAGUUUAGCAUCUCCAGUUGCAGCUCAGUCAUCAUCCGAGCAUGUGUCUCAAGACGCACCAUCUCCUAGCUCAGUCAUAGAUGCUCGGGCAAAUGAAAGCGGAGCUGCAGAAGCAGUUGAUUCGAGGAACACAAGGGAUUGGGACCAGAUAAAAGUACCCGGGCUGAGACAAUCUAUAUCAGUGAGCAAUUUCAUGAAUCAUCUUGAGCAAUGUCUCUCGGAUCCUGCUCGUGGGAACGAAUCAGAACGCAAAGAGAUACUGGACAUUGCUCAGCUCUUGUUCAGCGAGACCCAAUUCACCACAUUAUCAGACGAGAAAUCCCUCAUGACAAGGGUGAAUUCUCUUUGCUGCCUCCUUCAGAAGGAUGGCACUGCAGCCGGAAACUCACAGCUCAACGAGGAAAGUUCCGUGGGCUGUCCUGAUACCGGGAAAUUUUCCCAACCAAAUGAUCUGAGAAAGGGUCUACGUGAUAACGAAAACCGAGAUGAACAUAAAGUUUCUGAUCCCGAGGCAACGGGUGCUUCCAGCAGCAAACCGCCGGGCAUUCCAAGGAUAGAUUCUUACAAUGAGAUUCUGUUACAGCUUCCUCGGAUUGCAUCCCUUCCACAGUUCUUGCCGUUCAUCACUGGAGAAGAUGGUGAUGCACAUAAUAGAUAGUGAAAUCUCACACCGUUGAUAAAUUUGUUCUCAGUUAUGGCAAGUCUAGGAUCUGAAAUGGUAGCCUGUGCUCAUGUAAAUCAUUAUGUUCUUGUAAUUGCUAGGUUAAGUACAUGGUGCUUAUGCUGUACACGUUUUAAAACCCAAAGAUGAAUCCUUGUACGUCACCCUUAGAAGAAAAGAUGCAUGGAAAUGUUUGUUUC